AUGAGUUCCUCGGUCGCAUUGUCUACAGGCGCUGCUGGGCGCCCUGCUUUCUCUCAAUUGGUGGCGGCACACACAGCACAAACUCGAAAUGUAUGGUGCAGUGCCCGCAGUGACAGCCAUGACAAGACAGAACGCAUCUCAAGACGAAUCGACAAGUACCAGCGACAUCCCUUGACCAACAUCCGCCGCAAGACAGAAAGUCGUCAAGACUGGCCCUCCACAGCCCACAGGGCCCCCAGCGGGAGUGCAGGCUGGGGAUCGUUGCGAUCUCGCUCCAGCUUUUCGGAUUUCUCGGCUGGUCGAGAACACAGUUUCUGGGAUGCAGAGCGCGAGCAGAUGCAGCAGCGUAUGACGCAGCUGAAGAAGCACAUCACAACAGAUCCGUACGGUGCGAUCUUCGGUCGCUCCGUUGAGCCCUACCAUAACCAGGACAAGUCCGCCAACCCAUUGACUGCGUUUCUGCAGUCUUUCAUGAACACCGACAAGUUCGCGAACUCCAAUCCCAUGGGAGCCGCCGGGUGGCAAAUGAGCGGCGAAUCGAAAUCAAGCGAGCUUCCCGAGAAGGGACUCCUCCAAGACUUCAACUUCGCCCACUCUGAGAGCCAGACCCUCGAGUACGAUCCGAUCACUGGGCGUAUGUCACCCAAGUCACCAAACUCCCCCACAGGAGCGCUUCACUCCCACGCACAGGCUGACGCCCGCGAAUUUGUGGACUGCCCCCCGGGAAGUGAAGUGGAGGCAAAAUUCGUCUCCAACCCUACCCUGGUUGAGGAUGGCCAGUUUCAGCCUGCUGGCGCUGGCGAUAUCGACGCCAUGAAGACGGUCCAGUCAGAGGCUUCGGUCGACUGCCCUCCCGGCAGCGAACUGGAGGCACACUUUGUUGCCAACCCGGCUAGUAUCAAGGAUGCUCACAUUCGGCCAGUUGCCCACCAGGAGGCCGCUCACAAGCCCGACAUCAACAUCGCCUGCUCUGCCGGAAAUGAGCUCGAAGCCUUGUUUAUCUCCGACUCAAUUCGCACCCAGCAGCCUCGCGCAGAAACCUUCAAGGUCCAGGGCUCUUCGAAAGUGUUGAAUGCCGAUGCUGGCCUGGAAUCUGGCAGAAAUGUUGAAUGUGCUCCGGGCAGCGAGCUGGAAGCAAUGUUCAUGUCGAACCCUGCCAGUCGCCUGGACCAGAGUCGUCCGGUCGAGAUGUUUGGCACUCAGUCCGCUAGCAACCCUGCCGGCAUUUCCGUCGAGUGCCCUCCCGGCAACGAGCUGGAUGCCAAGUUCGCCUCGGAGGCCACGGGUUUCCAGGCUACUGCCGAGUCCACUGGUGCGACGGUGGACUGCGCUCCCGGCAACGAGGUCGAAGCCAAGAUCUUGGCAGACUCGGUCGGCUCUCAGGCCGAAGUGUCGGCAGCAAGCAUCGAUUGCCCUCCGGGGAACGAGCUGGAAGCGAAAUUUGUCGCAGAUCCAACCUCUGCCGAGGAGGGAUUGUCCCAGCCUGAGCUGAUGGCCGAUCCAGGUCAUCUCAAGCGAGUCAACAUGACCCAGGACUGCGCACCCGGGAGUGAAUUGGGGGCUCUGUUCACCUCCGAUGCGGCUAGCGUCGAGGCCCUUAAUGACAGCGAGUCACUCCAAGCGGGCGACAUCCGCGCUCGGUACGCUUCAUUUGGGCCGCAGGUGCAACAAUCGCGACCGGUUCGGCCGUUGGAGUUUGAGGGCUCGGAGGACCGUGUCGGUGACUUCCUGCAAAGCCAGGCCCAGGGACCAGCAGCUGCCAGCUACCGCAUUCUUGCCUAUGAUUCAUCAACCUCACAAGUCACCACGGCUGAGGCCGACUCCUUCUUCGGCGCCGGCGAGACUGUGCAGCCCACUGAGAUCUUGUCCCGACUUCACAACCCUGCCAAGUUCGUGCCCUUCUUCGAUCAGAUGCAGCGCGAAGGCUACGACAUUGCCACGGGCGGCGGAGACAUUCUUGUGUUCCGAAGGGCUCGCGGUCAAGCCGCGGCCGCCGAGCAAGAACCUGUCGAUCCCCUGGCCCAAGCAGAGAUUGCCAAGUUCAUUCGACACGACUCGUUCGACUUGGCCUCUCUUGCCAGCCAGCCAUCAUCUACAACAUACGAACCGUUGCUCGAUAAGGUCGAGACCUCGCAAUCACAAUCGGAGUCCUCAGUCCGCAGGGCGUUUCGCCGGAUGUUCAUUGCCGGCAGCGCCACUGCCGCAACCUGCUAUGCCAUUGGAGUCGUGAUCGAGUAUUUCCGCACCGGCGGUCAGGAUGGCCUCGGGAUCGAUGCAUUUACUGCAUUCGAGUCGGAACGCCGUCGACGAGACUAA